AACGAUAUAUCGCGUCACUCGCUUUCCAUUCGAAAGCGACGAAUCUUCAACCUGAAGCGCGACUGCAUUCUCCAUCGAGCCUCACACUUCCUUUUUCUGUUUCUUCUUUAUUUUUGUAUUAUUGUUAUCGUUGUAUGUACACCACGGUACAUAAUAGUGACCUUGUUUGUAACCUCCGGGGGUUGCGAUUUUUUAUUUAGAAUAUUAAUUCAAAGGACUGCUGCGAUCAUUACAGCGAACUUUUGUAUUUUGUACGAUAGUCGAUAUAUUUGAUGCUCCGCUUGAUAAUUGGAGACUUUGGUGUGAAUCCUUCAUCACACGGUACACAAAUCGGUAUACAAAUUUUGAACGGUGUUUCUAUUGUUGUUUUCCUUCAUUGAUGCUUGGAUCUGAUAAAGAUUGAAAGAUUUUCAGCGAUAGAAGGCAGCUCCAAUAUUUAAAUUGCAUUUAUUGGAAGAGAAAGAAAGGAAUAAUAAUUGUACAGCGUUCUGUUAAAAAAAAAUAGGCAAAAUGAAGGUGGGAUUGUUAAAGAAUUUCGUGCAUUAUUUUAACCUGGAAGAGGGUACAGUGUUAAUAGCAGUAUUUCAAUUGCUUAUAUCAGGAUUCAAUAUGACAUUCUUCGUGCUGGCACUAGUACACACAAUGGGAAUUCAAGAAAUGGUAGUAAGGGACACAGAGGAUGCUCUCGAGAGAGAAGCCUUAGAAGAUAUAUCGUCUAAUCAUCUAAAUACUAAGAAAAUGGAUAUGGCGCACCAUAAUGCAACUGGUGCUUACAAUAUAAUCUUACAAAUAUUUUAUAUUGUAAUACUUUCGCAUUCAUUUAACUGUUUAUCUCUGCUAUUCGCUCAUUAUACAUCAAUUUUCAAAAUCUUUUACACGUGUUUAGAAACGGUGUACUCGAUAUAUUGCGGUCUGGUGAUCACAGUGAUACAUUUUAUUUCCACUAUCCUGCUGUUGUACGGUGUGCUGGCGAACAAUCGCCACUUCAUGGCGCCCUGGUUGGUGGUCAUGAUGACGAUAAUAUCGGCGUUGACAAUUUCUGUGUUCGUGGUAGAACAAGGCUGCCCGUUUAUUGCUACGCUCGGAGGCAAUGCUGAUAUUUGUGAACGCAUAAUCGUUCUGCUCGUCGCAAUCAGUAAUUCUUACGUGUGGCUCGUCGUGUACAGCGCUUACAAGAGUCUCGAGACUAAGAAAGGACUGACCCACGUUCUUCAUGGCGUGAAGAAAAAGCCUGCAGUUCCAGUCGUGAAAAAAUCGAAAGCCGUUAAGGCGGGCGCGAAUAAACCUUUCGAGGUUUAAAGAUUAUUAAACAAAGAUAUAGAGAUAGCGACAGAAAGUCGGAUUUAUUCGUUACAAUGAAUGAGAAAGGUUGCGUUCGAUGGCAAGAGCUCUCGUUAUCGGGAAGUACCUUUCAAAUGACAGUGUUUUUUAAACAAAUUUUAAGAUCACCCUCGGUCUGCCAACAAGGCCUACGGAUUCAAUCUUGUCAUGUAAAAUUUUGUAAUCUAGUCAAAAAUGUCAACGUGUUCCGUCUUUGACGAUAAUUGAACAAAAGGAAGGAAAGACGAAUGAGAAAGGUGCGGUAAAUUUAUGUUAGAAAAACACUGUGCAUCUUAUUUCUAUACAUAACACGAUGGAGAUGUUCCAUUUUACAAAAGCUCAAAAUAAAUCUGCAGUACAAAAAGCCUGCUUCGUAUUAUUAUACGUGUUAUUGUUCAUAUGUUAUGAUUAAUUGUUAAGAGCUUCGCGUUGUUUUUUAAUGAUAUCUUGAAAUUUCGAACAACGCACAGAGAUGAAUAAUUACAAUAUUCCUAAUGUAAAUCUAAACUGCAUAUCGAAAUGCGAUGACGCAUAUAUCGUAAUAUAAUAUAUAUAUAUAUUAUAUAUAUAUAUUUUUUCUUUCAUUUCAAACCCGAUACCAUAACAAAUUGUAAAAAUUUUUCAAUUUAACAACGACUCUAGGUUAAAAAGCUUUGGUUUAGCAACGUGUAUUCUCUUUCUGUAAGACUGAAUUUUAAUUACUAAUGUUGCGUAAGACUUUUUAUCAAAUUUCGCAUAAUAUAUACAUAUAUGUAUAUAUACAUAUAUAUAUAUUACAAAACAAAAAAAAAGAAAUAAAAUACAUGCUUGCAACUGAUCAAUAUUAUUUAUAUUUUAUUAUAAACAAAUACAGCGUUUCGUCUCAUGAUCAUUUUUAUUUUAUAUUCGAUCCCAACUUCUUUGUGACACUACAAACUUCACAUUUUGUGGUAAUAUUUCAAUAACAAUAACUGAAUGUAGGUAUUUCUUGUGUAUAUGUAUAUUAAAUGUAUGAAAUGAUAAAAAUAAAAAUAAAGCUUAUAAAACUCGA